AUGUUUCUUCUUUGCUUCAUCAGCCUAAGAGAGUCCAGGCUCGUUCGUCCACGCCGUCAUGUGAGAGUUCCAUAUUAUGAACUUAAUGCUGAAGACGAGCUUAUUGGUUGCGGCCAUAAAACCUCAACAGAGGAUCUUCCAAUGGAGAUCGGCGAUCAUCAAAGUCGUUUAAACUCCCAGAAAAGACAUUUUGCCAAUUUUGCUGGGCUUAAGUCGUUCUUAAGAACCAAUUAUCCUCUUCUUGCCGAAAAAGAAAUAAAAUUAAAUGGAGAAAAGAUCUUUGGCACCCAAAUUAAAGAUAUGAAUGGCCACAAAUAUGUUGCCAUCGAGUUUAUCUCAGCUAAACCAAAUGGAAGUGGAUUAGAUGCAGAUAUGGUUAAAGGCUAUAUCGAUUUCGGCUAUCAAGCACUUACUAAGAUAAAAUACAUUGAGUACUGUGAUGGAAAAAUCACCAACCAUCUCACAACUUUGCAAGUUAGGCCAUUGAAAGAACAUGAACUCCAAAAGCUUUUGGAUGAAGCCAAGAAACUUUUUAUUUAA